GAAACGGAAUAGCACCGUAGAUUCAUCCGAUGGUUUCUGCGAGAGAACCAACUGCAGCGCGCCGUCUCACAGAGGCGGUUUAGUGGUUUAUCUCAUGUUUCAGGCUUACAACCGAACGCUGACAUUGACCGUCACGCUAGCACGUAAAGUUGAAAGAAACUGAAGCUAAACAGCUUCCUGUUAUUUAUUGUAAUUGUAAUGUUUUAUUGAUCUUGUUAAGGUGUAAGAUUACUGCUUUUUAACUUUCGCCGAAAAUGGCCCAAACUGAGCUUUUUAUUUUUAUUUUACUCGUCUAAUUUUCACCUUUUUUCUUUAUAACGACCUUUAUUGUACAUUUUUGUGACUGAUCGUGAGUGUUUCCGGUGUGGUUUCCGGUGUUGUGGAGUUCAGCCAACAGUCGAUUACAGUUGAAGGUCCGUGUUACAUAACCAUCUUAUCCCUUGCCGGUGGUGAAUUUAGUGCCGUUGCUAGGAGCAGCGUCGGCCUGAGUGUGAGGAGACGCUCCACUGCUGCUGCUUUAGCACAGCGUGCUGCUCCAGAGAUACAAGAAAGCAGGAAACCUAAAACUGGGAUCCUGAUGCUGAACAUGGGAGGACCUGAGAAGCUGGAAGACGUUCACGACUUCCUGCUGCGGCUCUUUAUGGACACAGACCUGAUGAAACUUCCUGUGCAGAACAAGCUCGGACCGUUCAUCGCUAAGCGGCGCACGCCGAAGAUCCAGGAGCAGUACAGUAAGAUCGGAGGAGGCUCCCCCAUAAAGCACUGGACCUCCAUGCAGGGGGAGGGCAUGGUGAAGCUGCUGGACGACAUGAGCCCAGACACAGCUCCUCACAAGUUCUACAUCGGUUUCCGGUACGUGAACCCGCUGACGGAGGAAGCCAUCGAGGAGAUGGAGAAGGACGGAGUGGAGCGGGCGGUGGCCUUUACUCAGUAUCCUCAGUACAGCUGCUCCACCACAGGCAGCAGUCUGAACGCCAUCUACCGUUACUAUAGCAACCGAGGAGACCGGCCAAAGAUGCGCUGGAGCGUGAUCGACCGCUGGCCCACACACCCCCUACUGGUGGAGUGUUUCGCCGAGCACGUCAGAAACGAGCUGCUGAAGUUUCCUGCAGACAAACGAGACGACGUGGUCAUCCUGUUCUCCGCUCACUCGCUGCCCAUGGCUGUCGUGAACAGAGGUGACCCGUACCCUCAGGAGGUGGGGGCCACGGUUCAGAGAGUGAUGGAGAGCCUGGGAGACUGUAACCCAUAUAGGCUGGUGUGGCAGUCCAGGGUGGGACCCAUGCCGUGGCUCGGCCCGCAGACCGACGAGGUGAUCAAAGGCCUGUGUGAACGAGGGAAGAAGAACCUGCUGCUGGUUCCCAUCGCCUUCACGUCGGACCACAUAGAGACGCUUCACGAGCUGGACAUCGAGUACGCUCAGGUUCUGGGAGAGGAGUGCGGCGUGGAGAACAUCAGGAGAGCAGAGUCUCUGAAUGGGAACCCGCUCUUCAUGAAGGCCCUGGCGGACCUGGUCCAGUCCCACCUGAAGUCCAACGAGCCGUGUUCGCGUCAGCUGACCCUCCGCUGCCCGCUCUGCACCAACCCCACCUGCGGAGAGACCAAGGCCUUCUUCUCCAGCCAGAAACUCUGACAGAAGCCGGUGCUCACAUGGACACCUACACACCACGAGGCCCUUUUUAAAAAAAAACUAACUCUGGAGCCGAAGGCCUUCUGCACCUUCUAACGUGUACUAUCUUCUCAGCAAGGGUGUCGAAAACUCAGAAAACACAAACACGGAGGACGUGACUUCUGCAUCUCCGUCUGUCCUGCAGGUUCUUCUUGGUUGAAGUCUCUUUUCAGCUUUUCAUUUGAAUUUUCUGUGCUCACAUUCCACUCGCUGGCCUUUGAAGCAUCAGAGACGCGUCUAGCUUUCUUCUGGUGAGCCGUGGUGAAUUUAUUCUCGGAUUCCCAAAAUAAACUCACCAAGAAACGCACCAACAGAGGUAUUCUACAACAAAGACCAGAGCAAAUCAAACUCAUGAAAACUUGCUUCUUUUAUCCAGGUUUCUCGUCUCUGCUGGACAAAAACCCGUAAAUGUCACAUUUGAGUCACGCAAAUUCUUCCAUUGGUCUGGAAAACGCGGAAUGUGUAGAAACUGGAGUUUAGAGAAGCAGUUGGAGUCUUGAUGCCAUUUCUAUGUUUGGUUUCCUCUGAUUCGUCAUCCGAGUGCAGUGUUCUCACACCGUUUCAUCCACUCAAAAACUCCAGCUGCUUGGUUCUGUCAACGGUUCUAAAGAACCCAGAACACCCUUCAGCUGGAUUAAUCUCACAAUUUGAACCUCAUCUGCUGCCUGAUUCACUCUGAGUGAAGGCAGAAGGGGCAGUUUUUCAUUUCUGAUCUGUUUUUGUAACGGCUGACCGAACAGAAAACGUGCCUUCACUUUUACACUGAAGGAUCAGAACCACUGGACUCGUCCUGCUGUGACCUGAGCCCCGGUAGAACCACGAAGCUUCAGCUAACGAGGCAAGCUAUUUGAGGUUUUGCUUGGAAAAGGGGUUGAGGUGGUUAGCAGGUGAGCUAACUAGCAUGUAGCAUCGUUCUAAUGUAUAAAACAGAUUAGCCAAGAGGCUGUUAGCAUUCUCAAUAAUAAACAAAGCUACCUUUGCUUCUAAGCUGAAUUAUUUUUUAUACGUUUACCUUGAAACCGCUAUUUUCCUGUGAUGCUAACUUUAAGGUGGCAGCAUUUGCUAACUGCACACACACUUUGCUAGUGCUUUGUGUGGUUGCUAAUGGUUACCAACAGCAAGUCAACCUAAAACAUUUUAACAUUUACAAACCAAUAAAAUGUUUUCUUCGCCCUCAGUUUUAGAAAAUGGCGACACGUUGCGGCAGCCGCUAACCGUUAGCAGAGCUGUACUACAGUUCUCGCUUCGCCCAUCAUUUCAUCUUCCACGAUGUAACUCAGAGAGAAUUGCACUUUAUUUUCUCUGGAACAAACUGCGUUACUUUUCACGAUCUUCCACCGGCAGACAGGUCCGGGUCGGUUAAUGCAUGAGACUGGCUCACCCCUUGAGUUUAGGUGCCUUUUAUGUGCUUAAAUUAUUCAUAGAUCAGUGUCUUAAAUGAAGCUUUUUUCUGAAAUGGAAUUUCAAACUUAGUAGAAAAGAUGCACGGAGUCAGCGUUGGACAUUUAUAAUAAAAACUACAGUUUGGCUGAAUUUGAAUAAAAGCUCGCUCUGUCUAAAAGUUUAUUGUUUAUUAUUGGUUGUUUUAGUUCAAGAUGAGACCUUUUUCUCUUUAAUUGAGUUCAUAGAUGUACAUAUAUUUAUUUAGUUGUUUAAAACUCAAAAUUUCUCCAAUACUUUCUUUAGCAUGACAUCUAGUGUCAUGCUAAAGAAAGGCAAAUUCGUCUGAUUUUAUUUACCAGCUGGUUUGACAGCUCUGCUGUUGAACCGGCGACGUGUGUUGAACUAAAAAUGCUGAUUUAGUCACACAAACAAGAAAAACGCUGCAAAAAAAAGUGUAACUUAAGUUUUUAAAUGUGUAGAUGUAUUUAUUUUGGAAGUUUUUUGUUUCACGCCCCUGUGUUGGAUCGUGUCUUUGAACUGCUUUUGUAUACAUUUGAGAACAUGGUGUCAGUCACACGUGUCUUCCUUCAGAAUAAAAUAUAAAAAAUG